CUGGAGUGGGAGGGAACAAUGCGAGGAAAAGUCACCGGUGCUCUUCCAUCUUCACCGCCUCCACCGCUCAGGAUGUGGUGUUUGCCUGGCCUGUGAUCUCGGAAUACUUCCUGCCAUCCCCUUUUUGCUUACUUUAAAGGGACCGGUACUGAAAGCGCGGAGUUAAGAGCCAAGGUAUAGAAGGACUUCGUCCCCUCUGGGCUCAUAGGCGCUACACUUCGGCAGAAGGCCCAGCCUGAGUAUGGAAUUAGCUUGGGAGGGAUAGGUAGUUGAGGGAGUGGGAGGCUAAAGUGAGUGGCCCUUCAGUUCCUGAAGGCAGCUAGUUAUUUGAGGCGUUUUCCCACUUCAUUUCUGAGCUUCACCGGAGAGCAAAGUGACUCACUUCUUUAGACCUAAGAUCUCCUCCAAGACCAACCCCUGAGCAUCAAAAUAGGUGGCCCCAGACACCCAGUUGGCCACAAGUGACGAAAGCCCCAUAAAUGAUAAGGGAAUAUACAGCGAGAGAGUCAAAUUGAAGAAAGAUUCCCGGUUCAUUUCUCUUCCUUGAAAGGACUUGAGUUAAGAAUGAGUUUGUAAUCUUGGAGGUGUCACAAACUCCAAGUCUGAGUAGGAAGAGUUAUUUAUUCGUACUCCGUCCGUACUGUUUCCUAGACAUUUUUUUUUUUUUUUAGUUUUAAAGAGGAAGAGGUACUCGCUACAUUUAAAAAGGAAAAAAAGGAAGGAAGGAAGGAAGAGAAAAAUAAAGAAAAUAACUUUUUAAAAGUAAUUCAAGACAGGAUCCAAUGCUUAUUUUCUAAAAGUAGGACGGUUCCUCCCCUGUUAAUGAGAUGAGAAAAAGUUGGUUUACCAUCCAUUCCAACUUCUCAAAGGACUCGGUUGUGAGUUCUAACGACAGCUUGGGGUGGGAGAGGCCUCCUCUCGGUGUUACUAAUUUUUAUCAAACCCCCAACUUUGGUGGGAGACAUAAUCACGUUGGGAAGAGAAAUUUUCGUUCCCAGCUAUCUUCGGUGCUCUGAGUCACAACAAAACCGAGUACCAGGCAGGUGCUUGUUCAAUGAUCAAAAGAGAAAUCCAAAGGAACAAGAUUGUUUCCUCCAUUGGAAAAGCUCCGCUAGGGAAAAAGACUCGGUUAGCUCGGUUCCAGAUCUGCUCAGUGAGCCUUACUUAGUCCGGCAAGUUCUCUGACCGUCACUCAGUUUCUUAGUUUGCAGUCUUAGUCCCUCACUUCUCACGCAACAUCCCUCUUUUUCUCUAGAGCUGUACAAGGACUCUAGAGCUGGAGAGGAAGCUUGACUUUGGAUAGGUUCUGUUCGUCCAAGUUAUUAAACAUGUCUGAUCAGGGUAUGGUGACCCUGUCCAUCUAGGUCACUGGGAAGUUCUGAAAAGUGGGUCCUCCUUUCCCCCUCCCUCCUGCGCCCGCACCCCUCCCCUCUCUGACUUUGGCUUUUUUCCGAAGCUUGAGAAGUACGCCCCCCCACCCCAUCUUCUUCAAGUCGUGUUCUCGAAAGUGGGAGCAUCUGACUGGGAAGCAGUUCGGCAUUCUCUGAGAUUCCUCCGAUCUGUAGGGCAAGGAUUCAGGGGACAGAGAACUCUUUAAGGUGAAGUCCACUUCGGUUUUUGGUUUGGGGUUUUUUUCCUCUUCCAAAAGUCUCAUGAAAACAAAAUCAAGAAUCAUUGGCAGCGAUUUACGCAUAAACAAACAAGUCUCCAACCUCUAACCUCGCAACACAUUCUCCAAGCCGGAGGGCUGGGAGUUAGAAGUGGGGGAUCCCGAAUAGCAGCCCCCCACAGACUUUUAGUAGGCUCUCCGUAAGACGUGAAGAAGCUUUAUUUCUUCAUCUGCUUUUCCUUGAACCUCACAACCUCGCCGCCAGUCCCGCGGAAUAUUUCUCCUCCCGGCAAGGUGUAAAUUUAAUUCAGAAGCACUACUGGAACCUGAAUCCUUCCCCAAGUCCCCCGCAUCUCCGGGUGUCCGUCGAAGACAUUUUUGAAGCGAUCCUGGACUUUUCGCUAUUGCUGUUGCUGCUGCGUGCUCCAACUUUGAUAUCACAUUCUGCUCUGGAGACGUGGGACUUUUACCAGCUGCCCUAGAUCCGAGGGCUCCCCCAAAUCCACAGGCAAAGAGAACUUUGCUUGUCAUUUACGAGAUGACGGCAAAUGGGACAGUGUCUCAGUUUAAAAUGGUGAAUUACUCUUAUGAUGAAGAUCUUGAAGAACUUUGUCCAGUUUGUGGAGAUAAAGUGUCUGGGUACCACUAUGGGCUUCUCACCUGUGAAAGCUGCAAGGGGUUUUUUAAGCGAACAGUCCAAAAUAACAAAAGGUACACAUGCAUAGAAAAUCAGAACUGCCAAAUUGACAAAACACAGAGAAAAAGGUGCCCUUACUGUCGAUUUCAAAAAUGUCUAAGUGUCGGAAUGAAGUUAGAAGCUGUAAGGGCUGACAGAAUGCGAGGGGGAAGAAAUAAGUUUGGACCAAUGUACAAGAGAGACAGGGCCCUGAAACAACAGAAAAAAGCUCUUAUCCGAGCCAAUGGACUUAAACUGGAAGCCAUGACUCAGGUGAUCCAAGCAAUGCCCACUGACCUGACAAUAUCCUCCGCCAUCCAAAACAUCCAUUCUGUUUCCAAAGGCCUACCUCUGAACCAUACUGCCUUGCCUCCUACAGACUAUGACCGCAGUCCCUUUGUAACCUCUCCCAUUAGCAUGACAAUGCCACCCCAUGGAAGCCUGCAAGGUUACCAAACAUACGGUCACUUUCCAAGUAGAGCUAUCAAGUCUGAGUAUCCUGAUCCUUACACUAGUUCUCCAGAGUCAAUAAUGGGUUACUCCUACAUGGACAGUUGUUACCAGACAAGCUCGCCAGCAAGUAUUCCGCAUCUGAUCUUGGAACUUUUGAAAUGUGAGCCAGAUGAGCCACAAGUCCAAGCCAAAAUUAUGGCAUACUUGCAGCAAGAGCAAGCCAACAGAAGCAAACAUGAAAAGCUCAAUACAUUUGGGCUUAUGUGCAAAAUGGCUGAUCAAACUCUCUUCUCCAUUGUUGAGUGGGCCAGAAGUAGCAUAUUCUUCCGAGAGCUCAAGGUUGAUGACCAGAUGAAACUGCUUCAGAACUGCUGGAGUGAGCUCUUAAUUCUUGAUCACAUUUACCGACAAGUGGUACAUGGAAAGGAAGGCUCAAUAUUUCUGGUUACUGGGCAACAAGUGGAUUAUUCUGUAAUUGCAUCACAAGCUGGAGCCACUCUCAACAACUUAAUGAGCCAUGCCCAGGAACUAGUGGCCAAGCUUCGUUCUCUGCAGUUUGAUCUACGAGAGUUUGUGUGUCUGAAAUUUUUGGUGCUCUUUAGUUUAGAUGUCAAAAACCUUGAGAACUUCCAGCUGGUGGAAGGGGUUCAAGAACAAGUGAAUGCUGCAUUGCUGGACUACACAAUGUGCAACUACCCACAACAGACAGACAAAUUUGGGCAGCUUCUCCUCCGGCUACCAGAGAUCCGGGCCAUCAGCAUGCAGGCUGAAGAAUACCUCUACUACAAACACCUAAAUGGGGAUGUGCCAUGUAAUAACCUCCUCAUUGAGAUGCUGCAUGCAAAGAGAGCAUAAAUUCUCCCCACCCCCAAGAGCUUAUUUCUGCUUUCAAAUAAAAGCUGAAAAAAAAAAGGAAAGAAAUACUCUGAACUGCUCCAAGCAACAUUAAUUAAAAACUUGGUUUUCAGACACUGAAAAAUGGUAUAAUAAUCAAAUACUUAAUAGUAAAAAAGUGAUGUAUCAGGGUAUUUGUAUUGCAAACUGUGAAUCAAAUGCUACACAUCCCCAAAGGAAUAUAGGACACUACAAUGAAACGUAAUGAACUUUGCAGGUGGACACCAUCGUCAUGUCAGAUGGAAAAGGACAAAACAAUUCUUGUAUAUUUAAACUGAUCUCCACUAAAUGAAGAAAUUUAGGAACAAAUUGACCUGUGUUAUUAAGCUAUUAUAAUGGGGAGGGGAUUUGCGUGCACUGAAUUCCUUCACCAGAUAGCUGGAAUAAAAAUGAUUCUAAAGGAUGUAAGCUGUGCCUUCUGGCAGCAUCCUUUGCAUUAUCCUUCCAAGGACUCAACAUUUACUCUCUUCUGUGAUCAUGGAUGUGUUCUCUAUGCAGAAACCUGUUUAAAAGAAGAAAGAAAGCAAAGUUCUAUGGAAGGCCACAAACACAACAGCCACGCCACCAAAUCAUAAAAAGCCUGCAUGUCAGGCCUGCAAAACCGCUAGUACGAACAGUCUAGGAAUAAGUUAGCUUGCUAUUUUUAAUAUGUUCUGAAGUUUGUUUUGUCACGUGUUCAUGUUGUUAAAAAAUAUGGAGGCAGUAUCCCUCUUCUGGUCUAUGUCAUUAUGAUACAGGAAAAACAUGCUUUCACAUGCUUUUCAACUGCUCCAAAGCUAAGGCUUUAUGGAGACCUAUUUCUGCUGCUGUAGUGGUGAUGCGGCAUCUGGACAUCACCAUGUGCUGAUAUCCAUAAAGUUUUUGUGCCAAAUGGCUUGUUAGAGCAUAUCAGUCUUUUCACCAUCAUGUUUGUAGUUCAUUUAAAAAUAUUUAAAAAUAAAACUCUGUGCUUGGGUUUCAAAGAGCCUAUCUGUGUUGUUCAAGCUAAUUAGCAAAGCCAAUGGAAAUCAAAUUAUCUAGUCUCAUAGGUAUUGAACAUUACCAAAAGGUUGGAAAGAAGGGACUUGUUUUUAAUAUGUGUUGGGGACGGGGGUGAAAGAGGAGAAGACUAGACUAAAAGUUUGACAAAGAGGACAGAAAGAAGAGUGAUACUGCCGUUCCUAUGUAGACCAAAGUCUGCUGCAGAACAAAUAUUGGUGAAAGACAAUUACAAUCUCUUUCCAAGUGAAGAUAUCAGUAUUAUGACAUGUAAAGUCACAGUUAUGAAAGUCUUGCCUUAUUUCACUAUCCCAAGAGUUAACUGUGCAGGUGUGGAUCAAGAAAUGUUUAAAAUAAAGUAUUACUACUUUUGCAUUCAAAGAAAACCUAGUGUUUACAUUCUUUAGGUCCUGUGGGGGGGGAACUGUGAUACCACACAUCACAAAUGCAGUCAUUUCCUUGAUGUCGCUUUCUGAUUGGUAAUUACUUUUUACCAGUUCUUAAUUACUGUAUGUCGUGAGACACUAAAAUCAAAAGGGAAUCUCAUUUAAUCUCUAAUUUUUUAAAGAUUAUUGGCUGCACAAUCACUUGCUGAAACUGUAAAAAAAAAAAAAAAGAAAGAAAGAAAGAAAAAAUGAAAGAAAGAAAGAAAAGAAAAGAAAAAGAAAAAAAGAAAUCUCCUACUCCCUUAAUUUUUUUUCAUAAAUAUUGCUGGCUUUUAAAUAGUUUAUUUAUAUUGUAUAUCAUAGUUUCAAAUGUAGACAAUUAUGAUGCUAAUUUAUUGUUCCUUAGUUUCCCCUUUGUAUAAGAUAUAGCCAAGAAUGAAGAAGCCAAAUAUAUGUGUUUACUGUAGCAUGUCUUCAAGUUAGUAGAAUAUAUAGUUCAGGGACAUACAAGAGUCUUAAUGAAUGAAAAUCAGUCACUUGACUCAAUGCCUGUAAAUCUUUAUAUUCCUCAAGGUAGUUUAUUUAAAAUCUGUUGUAAAUUUUAUGACUUGUAGUGUCCUCUGUUUCAAGUGAUCUUAACUUAGAGAGGUGGGCUCUUCACCUUAAAUUCCUUUCCAAGCAUUGUACAUUGUAUACCAAAGACAUCAGUCCAUGCUUCUCUGGUCAUUCAAAGCUGUCCAUUUCAUCACCUUCAUGAUUCAGCUCAAAUAUUUUGUCCGUGAGUAGGGUACAAACUUAGCAAAGUUUAGCAUCUGUGAUUCCUUGCUAUAUGUUUACUGCCAAUUCCAACUGCUCAUUCUAAUCUAAAAAGUUCAAAGGACCCCAGAAAAAUAGCUCAGCAGAAUGGCAUAUCCAACAUAUGAAAUAUGAAUUUUUUCCAAUUAUAUCAAGUUGACCCAGUCACAUAUGGAGACCAAUUGUUUUACCAGUGAGCUGUAAAAGCGGGUCCAGUCAUAUAUGUACAACAUGGGUGAGGAUUUGUGGACUGUUUCUGUUUUGAGUUGGUUGUUGUUGUUUUUUUAACAUUUCAAACAAAUGCAUCACAUUCUGUAAAUUUUAUUUUUUCUAAUUCAAUGCUCCUCAAUGAAUAUUAAAACCUUUAAAAAUGUCAAAUAUAAAUGUGUUAUUAACUAUAUAGAGAGCUACAAUCUCACUAGAGAAGAAUGUGACAAAAGGGUUUCUAAAAAAAAAAAAAAAAAAAAAAAAACCAA